AUGGCAGCAUCAGAAGCCACAGCGGCGCUCAAGACGUUCUUCCAAAGCAGCAGCUUCGCCGUCGCAGGCGCAAGCUCCGACACGAGCAAAUUCGGACACAAGGUCUUCGCAUGGUAUCUCGCCCACUCGCUCCCCGUCACGCCGCUCAACCCCUCCACGCCCAGCAUCACUGCUCUGAGCGAAGCGCACCCGACUGUGCCCUCGCCCAGCGCGAUUCCAGACCCCACGCAUACAAGUCUGAGCAUCAUUACGCCGCCGAAGGUUACGAGGAAGGUGCUUGAGGAGGCGGCGAGUGUGGGUGUGCCGGCCGUGUGGCUGCAGCCGGGCAGCUUUGAUGAGGAGGGGAUGAGGUUUGCGAGGGAGCGGUUUGGGACGGUGAUUGGGGGGCAGGGCGGGCGUGGUGGGGAGGGGUGGUGUGUGCUUGUUGAUGGGGAGGGUGGGUUGAGGGGGGCGGGGAAGUUGUAG